AUUGGUUUAAGAGAUCUGAUGUCAGUAAGGAAACUUAUUCAAUCGACUCGUAUAAUAAUCUGCUGAGAAUGCCUGUUUGUGUUUGUAAUACAUUGUGGACAUUGACAUGUAUUGUAGCAGUAAUUGUGUUGUAUCAUUUUACAACAAUAUUUGUUUGGACAUUAACAACUGGAUUAGUUACUCUUAUCUUGUUUAAUGCAAUUAGAGAACAGAGCCAUAGUAACGAUUGUUUAAAAGAUGGAAUGUUUGGAUCAUUGCUGGCUGUUGUUUUUGUGGUUGUGGUAGCAAUAUUGGCAAAGGGUUUACACUAUGGAUACACUUUCACAACAUGUUACUUCAAUGAAUGUUGCGACGACAACUGGAUCUCUCCAAAUAUCAGUGGCCUUUCAUUCCAACUGAACAAAAAGUUGUACGGUCAACAUCUAGUAAUUGGUCCUUUGGUGAAACACCUUAGAGGUCAUGUCGAAGGACAACAUCAAAAAGCAACAAUACUUUCUUUACAUGGUCUGCCUGGAACGGGGAAAAACUUCGUGAGUCGCAUGGUGGCAGAUAACAUGUAUAUCAAGGGAAUGGAGAGCAAUACGUUCAUCUCCUUUCAGCAACGAAAGAUUUUCCUCACGAAAGUAUGCUAGAAGAA